AUGUCUACCACCGGAGAACAACAGUCUAGUUCGUCCGGAGCCCUUGUCUCAACGUCGUCGUCAACGACGGUGUCACAAUACACUCUGUCCAGUUCCGACAACCCGGGUACGGUGAUCUCCUCUGUUCUGUUGAACGGAGAAAAUUACAAUGAGUGGUCUGAAGAGAUGUUGAAUGCUCUCCAAGCCAAGCGAAAAACUGGUUUCAUUGAUGGGUCUAUCACGAAACCUUCAAACGAUGAUCUUAACUUCGAAAAUUGGAAGACGGUAAAUUCAAUGAUUGUAGGUUGGAUUCAAGCCUCGAUCGAGCCCAAGGUGAAAUCAACUGUUAUGUUUAUCUCCGAUGCUAAUCUUUUGUGGGAUGAACUGCGACAACGGUUUUCAGUCAGUAACAACGUUCGUGUUCAUCAUAUCAAGGCUCCGCUUGCCUCAUGCCGUCAAGAGGUACAGGCGGUGAUCGACUAUUAUGUAUUUCCUCAUGGUUCACUCAUGUCUGCACUAGUCAAAGAACGAGACGAUGAAAAGUUUCAUCAAUUUGUCAUGGGACUUGAUGAUUCACGUUUUGGUGGGAUUUGUACAAGUCUGAUUAAUAUGGAUCCACUCCCGUCUCUCGGUGUUGCCUACUCCAAAGUAAUACGCGAAAAACAGAGACUUGCUUCUUCACGACAUCAGGAACAACGGCAGAAGGCUGUGGGUUUUGUCACACGUCGCGAGUUGGUUUCUCCAUCCAUAGCCACUGAGAAUCAACCUGUGAAUCAUGUGGAGUCCACUAUUGUCAGGUCUCGUCCUGUGCUGUGCUCACAAUGUGGUCAUCAUAAUGGUGUUGUUCGUGGCUCUGGUGGUCGUGGUUGCGGUGGUCGAGGCGCUGGACGUGGCAGAGGACAGAUAGCUACAGCAUAUGCAACAAGUUCCAAUCCUUCAGCGCUUCCAGAAUUCACACUAGACCAGCUUCGUGCCCUGUCUCAACUACUUCAAGAAAGAACCUCUACUAAUAGUUCUGGUAAGCCAAAGUUUGGCGAUAUUAUCCUUGAUACAUGGGCGUCCCAUCAUAUGACUGGGAACCUUACAUCCUUGACUAACGUUGGUCCUAUUUCACCUUGUUCGGACCGUUUUUCGAGGACUUUGAUUGGAAGAGGUGAAGAACGUGAUGGGGUUUACUAUCUGACGGAUGUUGCAACUGCAAAGAUUCACACAGUUAAUGUCUCUUCUGAUCAAGCUUUGUGGCAUCAACGGUUUGGUCAUCCAAGUUCUUCGGUGCUUUCGGUUUUGCCUAUGGUUUUUGUUUCUGGUUCUUCUAAUAGUUCUUUGUCUUGUGACUUUGGCAUGAUAGUCAAGACAGUUUGUAGUGACAAUGGGACAGCAUUUAUGUGUCUUUCCUCCUAUUUCCAGCAGCAAGGCAUUGUUCAUCAAACCUCUUAUGUCGGUACUCCGCAGCAAAAUGGACGUGUUGAGAGGAAACACCGACACAUACUUAAUGUCGCCCGCACGUUAUUAUUCCAGGCAAGCUUACCGAUUAAGUUUUGGGGAGAGGCUGUUAUGAUCGCUGCAUAUUUGAUUAAUCGCACUCCCACACCUCUUCAUAACAAUCGUUCACCAUACGAAGUACUCCAUGGCACCAAACCUGCUUAUGAUCAGUUGCGUGUCUUUGGCUCGGCUUGCUACACACAUCAGUUAUCUCGUGACAAGGACAAGUUUGGAUCUCAAAGUCGCCUUUGCGUGUUUGUUGGUUAUCCUUUUGGCCAAAAAGAGGUGUCUUCUUCUCCGGCCCUUUCUGCUCCUCUCGUGACUGAUUCUGAUUGGUGUCUCCCUAUGGUUGUACCAGACAGGGGGAGUACUGGGACUCCUACUCCUGUUGCGUGUGAAGAUCAUAAUGUCUCCUCUGUUUUACCAUCGAGUGUGCCGGUUGCUUCUUGA